AUGGAUUCUGGAGGUUUCUAUCAAAAUAUGCAAGAUUCUUAUCAUCAUCCUCAACAACAACAACAACAACAACAACAAGAAUACGAUCAAACAGAACUUUUCGAAUAUAAUAAUGACCAAACUCCUGAAGUACUUAGACAUGCACCAAAUCUACUUGAAUCAUUAAAAUCAAAUAUAAAUCGUACAUUAUUAUUUGCGAAACUUUUUUAUUUUUGGUACUUUGCAGCAUUUGGUUCACUUUUCCCCCUUAUGUCUAUUUAUUUUAAACAAAUGGGCAUGGGUCCAUCGUAUUGUGGUAUUCUCAUGGGAUUUCGGCCAUUUGUUGAAUUUUUCUCGGCACCAUUUUGGAGUGUCGUAUCAACACGGUUUCGGCAAGCAAAAAAUAUAUUACUUAUGGCAAUACUGUCAUGGAUUAUCUUCACGGUUGCAAUUGGUCUUAUUAAACCACCUCCACAUUCAUGCUGGAGAGAAAUGAAUGCAACCCAUCAAAUUAUUGAACGUGUUGGAUUUUCAUCUAGUACAAUAUUACCGACAAUUAAAUUAAUUGUUAAACGACAAACUAUUAAACAAAGCAUAUUUUCUUUGAAUAAAACAAAAGAUAGAAUUAGUGAUCAGAAUCUAUUGAUUAGUUCAACGAUAGCAACAUCAUCUAGAAGACGAAAAAUAACAAUUAAAACGACAACUUUACUUUCAAAAUUAAAUGAUGAUGAAGAUGAUGAUUUUUAUGAUAUUAAUGAAGGCAAUCUGGCUAAUGAAAAAGAUCGAUUAACAACGCAAAACAAUUAUGAACAACAACAAUCGAAUUUAAUAAAUAUUUUACCUAUUGAUCAACCUAAAAAGCCGAUGGGUAAUCCAUUAACGAUAAAACAUAUAGAUUUAUCAUUCGUUAAAUCACUGGCAUCACCCAUACUCUAUGAAAAAAAAGAUGUUCACAAUGUUUUCAUGGUCUUUUUACUUCUUAUUAUUGUUGGUGAAUUUUUUAGUGCACCAGCAAUUACAUUAGCUGAUGCUUGUACAUUAUCGUAUUUAGGUCAAGAUACUGAACUAUAUGGACGACAACGUAUGUUUGGUAGUUUAGGCUGGGGCUUAGCUAUAUUUAUUGUGGCUACUAUUCUUGAUCAAUCCAAGUCACUUACAUUGCACGCUUGUGGCACAAGUGGACCACUCGAAAAAAAUUAUACAGUUUGUUUUGCAGCAUUUAGUGUUUGUAUGACAUUUGCAUUAAUAACUGCGACACGUUUUCAAUUCUCUUAUGAUAAAAAUGAACAACUGCCACUACUAAAAGCAAAUGUCAAUACAAAUGAAUAUAAUACACAAGAAUUUGAUGUUAAUUCAAUAAAACAGAACGCUUUUUCAACGUCAAAUACGAUUAAAUUGAUGCAACUCAUUCAAAUAUUUAUGACAUUUAAAAAUGGUACAUUUCUUUUUAUAGCAUGGUGGAUGGGAUGUGGUGUUGGUCUUGUAUUUACAUUUCUUUUUUGGCAUUUACAAGAUCUUGGUGGAUCACCAACACUUUUUGGUGUUGCUUCGAUUAUAAAUCAUACAAGUGAAUUAUUUGCUUAUUUUUUCUUACAUGAACUUAUUCAUCGUCUUGGACAUAUAAAAAUUUUAUUUUUGGGUUUAUUAGGAAAUUUUAUUCGUUUUUUCUAUAUAUCAAUUAUAUCAAAUCCAUGGUUGGUCUUACCAUUUGAAUUUAUACAAGGACUUACACAUGCUGCUGUGUGGGCAACAGCUUGUUCGUAUUUGUCUCAAACAACACCAGAAAAUCUAAGAAUAUCGUGUCAAGGCCUUCUUCAAGGUUUUCAUUUUGGUUUUGGACGAGGUUGUGGAGCUUUAUUUGGUGGUUUUCUUGCUUCCUAUUUCGGUACUGAUAUAACAUUUCGUGUCUAUGCAAUAAUAUCGUUAAUUUUGAUGGGUGUUUUUAUUUAUCUCAAUCGAAAGUAUCAACAACGACAACAACCAAUAACGAGUGUUGAACGUGCCAGUUUUAGUGUAGACGAUCCACAUCAAUUUUUGGGUAAUUCUUCACUUCUUGCUCCACACGGUGCACCAACGAAUCCAAAAUGGCAAACCAAAUUUUCAUCAGGUCUAAGAGCUGGUAUUAAGCAAGACCAAUUGUAUUCAUCACCGUCGGUAAUCGUGAAACAGUUUAAUAAUCCAACAACAGAAGAUGACUACCAUAAUUAUCAUCAUGGUUAUUGA